AUGUUUAUCUCUGCGGAAUGCCGCAUAGAGGUAUGUAUGGGGUACAUACAUGAUUCCAAUCCCAACUGGAGAAAAGAUGUGCAAGAAGAAAUCCUUAACGAAGAUGACAUUGUCUGUCCCAUCCAAUAAAGGAGACAUUGAGGCGGGAAAAAAGAUAACGAUUAGCUUGAUCCAGAACUUAAACAAUCUGUAAUUAAGACGGUGUCAAAUGCAGAGGACAUAGCUGAACAGCUGAAAGACUUUGCACAGUUUGUUGGUCACUAA